UAUAACAUCUCCAAAAGCUCUGCAGAUGUCUGUGAUAUUCUUUGAGUGCUGGAUGCAGAAGCAGCUCUCUCCUUUGCUAUGUCCGUGUUAUGUUACAAAGGGUUAAAAUCAAGCUGACCUGUAGCCAUACUUAUGAGGUAUAUACCUAUAUUGAAGUAAAUAUGAUUCAUUUUAAAGUACUGUCUUUGUAAUAGCUUGCAAAGUUAUUGUCACAUUGUGUGCUUUUAAAUGCUGUAGUGUUUGAACCAAUAAUAAAUAAAUAGUGUGUGUCUCUCUCGAUGGCUGAUAUUAACAUCAGUCCCAUGGUCACCCUAUUGACAGUGCUAUGGCAGGUGAAUCAGUCCCAUGGUCACCCUAUUGACAGUGCUAUGGCAGGUGAAUCAGUCCCAUGGUCACCCUAUUGACAGUGCUAUGGCAGGUGUUGUUGUGUGUACUUUUACUGUAAAAUCUCUGCAGUAUACUUUUUACAAUGGGUAUUGUGAAACGAAGGGCAUUCGGUCUGUUUGCUUUUCCAAUCUAUUCUGAAGUCAAACUCAAUUCCACUGAAGGAGUCACUUUCAAGGUCUAGUCCGCCCUUUAAAGAAAUGAAGACAGCUUUUCUCAUUUGCUUCGCUCUCCUGAAUAAACUUGCUGAAGGCAGCCCCGCGGCUCUCACGCUGUCCGUCCCGGUUUCUCCGGUCGUGGCGCGGCUCCACACCGACGCGCUCCUGCCGUGUUCGUUCACGGGCGGGUCGCCGGGCGUGGCCUUGGAGACCGAGAGCCUGCGGGUCAGCUGGAGACUCAACCGCACUGUUGUGGCCUCGUUCGACGGCGCCGGUAACACCUCUGAGCCGGGGCUCGGGGCCUCGCUGAGCGAAGACGAGCUGAGGCGGGGCAACGCGUCUCUCCUCCUGGGAAACGUGACCCUGGCAGACCAGGGCUUGUACGUGUGCGAAGUGAAAUACAACGAUAUUGGAGGGAACGGCACCGUCAGACUGAGCCUGAAAGCCUCUCCAGUCGUCUCUAUCAAAUCUCGUCUGGUCUCGAUGGGUAAUGAGAGCACACUGCUCUGCUCCGCUACUGGUUUCUACCCUGCGGGGAUCACCUUUACCUGGCUUCGGGAGUCCAUCCCAGUGACGUCUCCCAGUACGGGACCAGUUCAUCAGAGCUCCGAGGACGGCACUUUCAGAGCCACCAGUACGUACCAGUUCAUUCCGACCAGUCGAGACCAGAACGCCACCUUCAGCUGUGUGGUGAAGCAGAGGGCAGAGGAGCCAGCGAUCAGAGAGGACUUCACCCUGAAAUUCAGAAAGCACCCAGUGGUCCGAGUGUCCCCCCUCACUGUGGUUCAGGACGGACCCCAAACUCUGCGCUGUGAGAUAGAUGGAUAUUACCCAGAAGACAUUGCGGUGAGCUGGGUGAUUGGAGGGAAGGAGUUUGGUGCUGAGGGGGCGGUGACUAAACCCGACGGGACGUUCCGCAGGUUCGAGUAUCACACCCUGACCCCCUCCGAGCGGGACCAGGGGGGGGCUGUGAUGUGCAGGGUCAGACAAGAGGGCUUGGAGCAAGCGGUGAGCCAGGAGAUUCACAUCAUGCUACAAGACGAGGACACUAGCCUGCCCGUGGCUGCGAAAGCAGCAGUGGCAGUGAUGGGAAUAUCUCUCAUGCUGGCAUCCCUACUGGGCCUUGGCAUGUGGUGGAGCAACAGAGACAAGAGGAACAAGGGGCUGACAGUGUCGGGGGUGAUCCAGCCAGCGAGGGUCGUGGUGGGGAGGAAGGCCGUGCUGUCCUGCUCAGUGGAGGGCAGGAAUGUCCAAAACGUGAGGGUCAACUGGUCUGUCAACGGGAAGGCAAUCUGGGAGAGCCCGCUCUCCCGGCCAACCCUGUCACCCUCCCAGGACCCCCAGCUCACCCCCAUGCUCACCCCCGCCACCCCCAGGGCCACUAAACCCCGGGGGUACAAGAUCAAAACUCGGGGACCUUUCCAGGUGAAAUCGGGCAAGGAGUCCGUCGUUUUCUCUCACAUCAGCUUCGUGCCGAAUCUCACUGACCACAAGGGGGCGGUGUUUAGUUGCCAGGUGUCUCACUGGGGGAAGGAGAAACUCAUUGAGAAAAAUUCGGGCAAGCUUUUGUUGCUAGCUGAACCCACAGUGUCGGAGAUCAGAGACCUCUCUGCUGUCAGUAACCCCGAGAUCCUGCUGUCCGUCGAAGCCCGGCAUUUCCACCCCAAAAACAUUGUGUUCCGCUGGUCGUGCGGGGAGCAGGACGAUCUGAUCCCUGCCUCAGCCAGCACAGAGGUGUCCCCCAGCCAGGAGGACGAGGGCUACUACAACGCAGGGAGCGUGUUACGAAUUCAGAGGGGCAGGCUGGGAGAUCUGGGGUUCAGAGUGCGUGUGAUCGUAGACCACCUGUCUUUGAAAGAGCCAAUUAGGAGGGAGGUGACAUCACUGACACCGGGGAUUGGCGGGCGCCCGUUUGUGUCCGAGAUAGCCACCUCGCGUGUGCAGCUGGGCCAGGCGUUCACGCUCAGUGUCGGGGUGUCGGGGUUCGACCCCCCAGACCUCGCCGUGUGCUGGUUGCGGAGAGGCAGGGACGCCCCCGGGGAGGAGAGAGAGCUGGCGGAUGGACUGCUCACCUGGGGGCCCUUCGAGGACGAGACAAGCAGGUUUCACUCGGAGAGCCAGGUGUCAUUCACCCCGCGCUGUAUAGCCGAUGUAGAGGAUUACAGUUUCGUGUGCCGCGUCUCGCACCCGACCCUGAGCGAGCCCAUUGGAAUCUGUGUCUUGUGA